CGUGARGUUUGUGCRAUCGACGAGGUAUGCUGUGUGUUUGAAGACGACGACGUGGGACGGCGACAGAACGAGAAGAAAAGCAUAUAGGUAGUACGAAGUUGGAUUGAAGCGGCUGACGAAGAUGUCUGGCAACGGAAACCAGACUGGAGGAGGAGGAAAUGGUGGAAACGGAGGAGGCAACGGAGGAGGAAACGGAGGAGGGAAUAACAGAGGGAGAAAUGGUGAUGGGGGCGGGGGAUGGAACGAAAACAAUGGAGGCGGUCGUGGUAAUUGGAACGGAGGAGGAAAUUGGAACGGUAAUGGUAACGGAGGAAACGGAAAUGACGGGGGUUGGAAUGGAAACGGAGGUGGGAAUGGUGAAAAUUGGAAUAACAAUGGCAAUUGGAAUGGUAAUGGUGGUGGAGGGGGAAUCUGGAAUAACGGAG